UUCACAAGGAAAGAGAAGUCUUUGGUUUUAGUGUGAAAAGUUUCAUGAUUCACCCACCCACCCACCUCUCCUUUUUUCCUUCUUUGAAUAUCAACAACUCACUUGCCCCCAACACUUCAUCUCGCUUUUACACAAGUUCAUUGUUCAGAAAUCUUGUCUUCACUUGCAGUUUCCAUGGCAAAUUGCGCCCUUCUUUUGCUCUUCAUUGCUUCUCUUUUCGUGAACUGCUCUCUUGCUCUUACGCUCUCCUUGAACCUAGUACAUCGAUUCUCCGACGAGGCUAAAUCACUUUGGGAGUCCAGGAGGACUGGCAAUGUCUCUGCGAAGUUCUGGCCGCCGACGAAUAGCUUGAAGUAUUUUCAAAUGCUUAUGGACUAUGACUUGAAGAGGCGACGGCUGAACAUCGGAUCCAAGUACGACGUGCUUUUUCCUUCUGAAGGAAGCCAGGUUAUAUUCUUCGGAAACGAGUUUAAUUGGUUACAUUACACAUGGAUUGAUUUAGGAACACCCAGUGUUCCGUUUCUCGUUGCUUUGGAUGUUGGAAGUGACCUGCUCUGGGUUCCGUGUGAUUGCAUUCAAUGUGCUCCCUUGUCUGCAAAUUAUUAUAGCGUUCUGGAUAGGGAUCUGAGUGAGUACAAUCCAGCUUUAUCAAGCACCAGCAAGCACCUUUUCUGCGGUCAUCAAUUAUGUGCCUGGAGCACAACUUGCAAAAGUGCCAAUGAUCCCUGCACUUAUAAGCGAGAUUAUUACUCAGAUAAUACAUCAACUUCUGGAUUUAUGAUUGAAGAUAAAUUGCAGUUGACAUCUUUCAGUAAACAUGGAACACAUAGCCUAUUGCAAGCCUCGGUUGUAUUUGGUUGUGGUAGGAAACAGAGUGGCAGCUAUUUGGAUGGGGCUGCUCCUGAUGGUGUCAUGGGGUUGGGUCCUGGAAAUAUUUCAGUGCCAACCUUAUUGGCACAAGAAGGAUUGGUUAGAAACACAUUUUCGCUUUGUUUUGAUAAUAAUGGUUCUGGGAGAAUCCUCUUUGGGGACGAUGGUCCUGCCACCCAGCAAACAACACAAUUUUUGCCCUUAUUUGGUGAAUUUGCUGCCUAUUUUAUUGGGGUGGAGUCUUUUUGUGUUGGGAGUUCCUGUCUGCAGAGAAGUGGAUUCCAGGCGUUGGUUGACAGUGGCUCAUCUUUUACAUAUCUUCCCGCAGAAGUCUAUAAAAAGAUUGUCUUUGAGUUUGAUAAACAAGUAAAAGUUAAUGCUACCAGGAUAGUUCUCCGGGAACUUCCCUGGAAUUACUGCUAUAAUAUUAGUACGCUGGUGUCCUUUAAUAUUCCUAGCAUGCAACUCGUGUUUCCAUUGAAUCAAAUCUUUAUACACGAUCCUGUUUAUGUCCUCCCUGCAAACCAAGGGUAUAAAGUGUUUUGCUUAACUUUAGAAGAGACAGAUGAAGAUUAUGGUGUAAUUGGACAAAACUUGAUGGUGGGUUACCGGAUGGUUUUUGACCGAGAAAAUCUUAAAUUGGGUUGGUCCAAGUCCAAAUGCCUAGAUAUCAACAGUAGUACGACAGAGCAUGCCAAACCACCUUCAAAUAAUGGAAAUGCGAAAUCGCCAAUUGCAUUACCACCAACAAAUAGGCAAGCAAUUGCACCGACUGCUGCAAGAACGUCUUCGAAAUCUUCCCUAUCUGCAUCCCAUUUUUCUCCUUUGUUGCUACUGUUGCUUGCAGCUUUUCUGGUCGCUUGUUGGAUUUGUUGAGUUCAUAAUGUAAAUGUUGGCUUUUCUGAUAUGCAGUUCAAUUACUUAAACCUCUUAUCCCUUGCUGUAAGUUGCCCUAACAUAUAGGGAAAAAUAAAUUGCAGUUUUUCUCGGUAUUUACUUACCCACAAAUGUUUUAUAGACGCCUUUUGCAAUUCACGCAUCUUUUGCAACUGCCAGUUCAACGUGCUACUGUAUCUGAACUACUACAUUGACCCUUAAAAGUUUGUUAUUGUUCA